GGGGACAAAAACAAAAACAAAAACCUGAAAUGGCAUCCAGGAGCAUGACAAGAAGUACAAAGUACAGGUCAACAUCUUAGAGGAUGCAGCUCCCAAAUUCCUCUCUAAAAUACUAGCAUGCUGAAAAUUGCACAUUAACAAUUCAACACAUUCAAGUAAAAUUUACUUAAGGAAGUUUGCAUGUGCAAAUCAAAGUGUGAUAACUGUAUUGAUAAAAGUAGGGACAACACCCCCUGCCCUUCAUUAUUUUCCAUUUUCUCUCCUUGUAGAUCAAUGCCUCAGACACUGAAUUCAUCUAAAUCCAAUUUUCCUUUCUAUAUAACAAAACAUCCUUUUGCUAUCUCUUAAAGGUUUUAUAAAUUUUAAUGGGAGAGAUUUCUGCACUUAUCUACCUUUCUGGAACUUUGAAUAAUGCAAGGAAAAACAGACACUCUUUUAUUGUUUCUGGAAUUCUGUCCAUCAUCACGGAGACAAAGUCAACAAAAUCUUUGGUAGAUGGCAGCCUGACUCUGAACAUCCUGAGUGUUUCAUUUGCUUUCAUGGGCAUCAUUAUCAUCUCUGUCAGCCUGGCUGGUUUGCAUCCUGCCUCAGAGCAGUGCAAGCUGAGCAAGGACCCUAGACCAACUGAAUAUCAUUACUACCACAAUUCCUAUGACUCAGACAGGAAUGAGUGCUUUGUUGCCAAGUCUAUCCUGAUGGGGGUCUUUUCACUGAUGCUGAUCACGAGUAUGUUGGAGCUUGGCCUGGCAGUCCUCAGUGCUCUGCUUUGGUGGAAACAGAGUCGCUCUGACUUCCCUGGGAAUGUGAUUUUCCUGUCUCAUAACUCAAAUGAUGAAUCCAAUGUGGAAUCAAAGGCACUCUGUAACUCUGCAUAUGAGGAACAAAUGGUUUGUUAAGAAAAACAAAACAGAACAAAAUUCCCCAAAACAAGUGGGAACUAAACAGCAGAGGGUAUGUCUUCUUGAUAAUGCAGAAAAUACAAUCAUCACAAGGUAGCAAUGCUUGUUACUAAAAAUGUAGACUGUUUAUACAAUGAAUACCAGUAUGAGUUGAAUGGAUGUGUUAAUGUCAUCCUAUUGAUUUUCAUGACCUUGGCUUCAUCCACAGCUCAGACCUGCAAACAGUGGCCAGAGUCCCAGAUAUUUCUCAUUAAGAUAACAGAAUGUUUCAGGAGAUUGUGAUGGAGCAAAGGGGCAACACUUUCUUGUACCCUGCAAUUAAUAUCAACAGUUACCCAUUAACAGUCCUUGUUUUCAGAAUCCCUGUUAUGGCAUGGGUCUUUCAUCAUAUCAAUUUUAUUCACUAGUGCAUAGAGACAAGUGACCUGCAAUGAAUUCCCAAGAAGUAUAUAUGCUGUUGCUUCAAAAUAAAGUGUUUUUGUGAUUAUC